AUGGGUCGCCAGAGGAAACUCCGCGAGAUCGUAAUUAUUGACACCGGUGGGACCAUUACAGCUAUAUCGAGUGAUCCCGCGGCGACAGCAGGCUACGAAUGCGGGGAGCUCUCCGUGAAAGACAUGCUAAAAGAGCACCCAAGGCUGACGGAGAAAGCCCAGAUCAAAGUCAUAAACCUAAAGCGGAAAGGGAGAGAGGGUAGUCCCGAUACAACAUCCUCAGACCGGUUGAAUCUCACCGUCGAAGUUCAAAGACAGCUCAACGCUGGCGCGGAUGCUGUUAUUAUGCUACACGGCACAGAUACACUCCUAAUGACAGCGUUUUCGUUAUCAAUAACUAUCCAACCGACCAGAACCAUUAUCUUGACUGGUGCAACUCUCCCAAGCAAUUGUCACGGAGCUGACGGCGACAAGAACAUGCUGUGUGCUCUGGUUUUGGGACUUCUUGGGCUCGCUGGGGUCCAUAUCGUUUUUGACUUCGAGAUAUUGCAGCCACUGUAUACCAGAAAACUGACAACCGCCUCAUCUCGCCCAUUCUACUCUUUUACCGGUCCCAUAGCAACGUUCAAAAAUUCCGUUCCCCGGUUCUUCAAUGAGCCAACCCGGCCUGUUGAUCUCUGGUACUUCGAUGUGACGAGCCUUGGAGCUUUACCCGAUGUGGUUAUCCUUCCCUACCAAGAUGAUAUGGACGAAGGACGGUUCCUGAGCGCAACUGCCAACGCUAAAGGUGUGGUGCUGGGAGGUGUUGGGGAUGGUAGUUGGCCCAAGAGUUUAAAGAAGCUGAUACAGGCGCGCUCAAAUAACAUUCCCGUCGUCAUUAGCUCCGAUUCAUUCGGUUUCAUUGUGGCUGAGUAUUGCUACGGGCUUGGGCCUUUUUGUAUUGGGAGCGGUUACCUCGACCCGUCACAAAGUCGAUUGUUGCUUCAGUACUGCUUGGCGGCGGGUUAUACCACUCCAGCGGCUAUCAAGGAUCUUUUCGAACGCCAAACCCCAACCGACCUAGAUGCAUUGCUAGCUAAACUUUAG